AUGGGAGAGGCUGUUCUUGGGGCAUUGCUUCCGGUGCUGCUCGAAAAGUUAGCGCAGCGAGAGGUCUUUCAGUACUUCAGACGUCUUAAGGGAGUCAACAAAACGGUGAUGGAGAAGUGGACUAGAAUGUUGACUGCAAUUCAAGCAGUGCUGAGAGAUGCGGAAGAGAAGCAACUAACACAAAGUGGAGUGAAACUGUGGCUAGAUGAUCUCAGAGAUUUGGCUUACGAUAUUGAAGACAUAUUAGACACAUUUGCUACUAAAGUGCUGAAGCGAAGGAUAGAAAGACAACAUGGAAGAAAAAGCAAGUACUCAUGGAUCAGCUCACUUUGUGGAGCUAAAUUCAAUUUAAGUUUGAACUCAGAAAUCCAGAAGAUAAGUGAUCGACUUGAGAAGAUAACUGCUCGAGAAAAGCAGUUUAAACUGAAGGAACAUGAAGUGCCUAAAAAGCCGUGGAAAAUGCCACCCACUACAUCUCAACUAGAUGGACCUGUGAUCGGAAGGGAAGAUGCAAAGGCUAAGAUUCUUGGUGAUGUGCUCUUAAAAGGCGAACAUAGUACCAGCAAUUUUCAUAACUUUCGUGUGGUUUCCAUUGUUGGUACGGGUGGACUAGGAAAGACAACACUUGCUAAAGAUGUCUUCAACGAUGCUGCACCUGAACAAUUUCGCCCAAAGGGAUGGGUGUCUGUGUCCGAUGACUUCGACCUUCUAAGGGUAACAACUGCAGUUCUUGAAUCUGUCACCUCAGGUUCUGUGAAGGAAUCUAAAGAGCUCAAUUCGGUUUUGGUAAAGUUGAGUGAGGAAUUGGCUGGCAAGAAGUUUUUGAUUGUUCUAGAUGAUGUCUGGAAUACAUGCAACUACGAUCAAUGGACAACAUUGCAGUCGGCUUUUCGUGUUGGAGCAGUAGGAAGCAAGAUCAUUGUGACGACGCGUGAUGUGAAUGUUGCAAAGAUGAUGGGAGACAAUAAACCUCAUAACUUGGAGUCGAUGUCAGGAGAUGGUUGUUGGAAGAUCUUUGAGCAUCAUGCACUGUUAAACAACAUAUCCCAAGAUGUUGAGUUGUUUAAGAAGAAAAUUGUAGAAAAAUGCAAUGGGUUGCCGUUAGCUGCAAAGACUCUUGGUGGUCUUUUACGUUGUAAAGAAAAAGAUGAAUGGGAAGAAGUACUAGAGCACAAGAUGUGGAAUCUAUCAGACCAGAUGGGCAUCCUCCCAGCAUUGAAGUUGAGCUAUCACUAUCUCCCAUCAAAUUUGAAACGGUGUUUCACCUAUUGCGCGAUACUUCCAAAUGAUUAUGAAUUUGAGGAGAUGCAGUUGGUUCUUUUUUGGAUGGCAGAGGAUUUGAUUCAGCAGCUACCAGAAGGAAACAAACAAAUGGAAGAUUUGGGACGUGACAAUUUUCAAGAGUUGGUGUCCAGGUCAUUAUUUCAAAAAUCAAGCAAAACAGAGUCGAAAUACAUAAUGCAUGACCUGGUUACUGAAUUGGCACGUUGGGCUGCAGGAAGCUCAUGUUCUAGAUUGGAGGAUAUGCAGAAUUAUUACUUGCAACAUAGAUGUUUGCCCAAGGUUCGUCAUUCGUCUUACAUUCCUGGAGAGUAUGAUGGAGUUAAGAAGUUUGAGGUCUAUUCUGAAGCUACAUCUUUGCGGAUGUUCUUACCACUACCACUUUCACUUUCAUAUUGGAAUUAUAAUUAUCUGGCUCAGAAGGUUACUUCUGAUUUAUUGACCAAACUCCAUUACUUACGACUGCUCUCUCUAAAUGAAUACCGAAUAACCGAGUUGCCAGAUACAAUUGGUGAAUUGAAGCAUCUACGGUAUCUUGAUCUCUCCCACACUGGGAUAAGAAGUUUGCCAGACUCGACAACAACUCUGUACAACUUGCAGACAUUGUUAUUGAAAAGUUGUGACCAGUUGAAGGCACUGCCCACAAGCAUGAGGAACCUAGUUAAUUUGCGUCAUCUCAACAAUUCAGGUACACGGUCGUUGAAAGAAAUGCCUCCUCAGCUUGGUCAAUUGACUAACCUCCAAACAUUGCCUGAGUUUGUUAUUGGCAAAGGUAGUGGAUCAGGAGUAAGAGAGAUCGAGUCAUUAUUGCAUCUGCAAGGGACAUUGCACAUCUCAAGACUAGAAAAUGUGAUUUGUGUCGAGGAUGCCAGGAGUGCCAACUUAAAGAGCAAGGAAAGGCUUGAAGCCCUAUUUCUUGAAUGGUCUUCUUCGAGUGUCUCAACAGAAGAUGCAGCAAUUGUGCUUGACAUGUUACAACCUCAUAGCAAGCUCAAAGAGCUCACCAUCAAAGGUUAUGCUGGAUUGAAAUUUUCAACAUGGAUUGGGAAUCCUUCAUUCACUAAAAUGGUGCGGGUAGAGUUAGAAGGUUGUAAUCAUUGUCAAUUCUUGCCACCAUUCGGACAGUUGCCUUGUCUCAAAGAACUUUGUAUACAAGAAAUGGAUGCAGUGGAGAGUGUUGGUGUUGAGUUUUAUGGAAAAGUAUCUAAAUACAAACAGCUUCAUGGAUCAAACAUUGAAAAGUGCAAGAUGGUGGUGUACGACACAAGUACAGUUCAGUUUGAGUUACUAGAGAGUUUGACAUAUUCAAAUGUAUCAGAAUUGAGAUUCCAAACAGAGGCGUUCAUGAAAAGCUUGAAAAAUGUUAAAGAGUUGAAGAUCACUGGUUGUGAGGAGCUUACACGUUGCUUUCAAAAUGAGGAUAGAUUACUGCAACACUUGAUUUCUCUUGGUCGUCUGUAUAUCGAAGACAACUCGAUCCUUGUUGAAAAGCUAGGGAUUGAAGCAGAGCAGUUGGUGCAAUUGCAAAUCCUGGAUUGCAAGAUUGAACGUCUGGAAUUAAGCAAGUGUGGAAGCCUUGUGAAGGUACCAGAAGGAUUGCAUCACCUUAGAUCACUUCAAGAGCUGCACAUAAGUGAAUGUUCAAGUCUUGUUUCUUUUCCGGAUGUUGGUCUGCCACCUUGUCUUCAAGAGCUGCACAUAACUCUUGAUCUAAGUCACACCCAGAAUAUUGGAAGAAUGAUCAAAAGUCAUUUCCCACACUCCCAGUUCAUUGUGGUUUCACUGAAAGAGGGCAUGUUCAAUAAUGCUAAUGUCCUUUUCCGAACAAAGUUUGUGGAUGGAAUUUCAACUGUUCAAAGGACCGUUGCUAAACAAAACAAGUGA